AUGCGAAAAGAGCAAGGUCGACGUGAUGAUUUAUGGUCAUUCCUCUAUAUGCUUAUUGAAUUUAUCGUUGGUCAAUUACCAUGGCGAUCUUCCUCAUACAAAAAUCUUCUCUCAAUAAAAUUACGAAGUGAAGAAUAUUUGCUAAAAAAUUGUCCCCAUGAAUUUUAUGCUAUUUUUGAUCAUAUUCGAUAUUUAAAUUAUUCUGCUCGACCAAAUUAUGCAUUAAUUACACGUAAAUUACGUGAAAUUUGUGAACGAAAACAUUAUAUGCUAGAUGAUCCAUAUGAUUGGGAAGAAAAUGGAAGAUAUCAUGAAGAAUAUUUAUGCGCAUUACAAAAAGCUGAAGAAAUGAAAAAGCAAAAAGAUGCAGAAUGUAUGAUUGAUGAAAAUAAUGAUAAAUCGGAAAUAAUAAAAGUGAAAAAAAAUGAACAAAACGGAAAGCAACAAAUGGAUAAAAUAAAAGGAAAUAAUAAAUUCCAGUAA